AUGCCAAAACACCCUCAAGAAGUCCCGCCCGAGGAGGAGUCUAGUCUGGUUUAUUUUCUGGAAGUGAGAAACUUUCUGUCGCGUUUAAAGCAGAACCGGAGCCAGUAUCUGAACUCGAAGGAUGUUAUGUCGACAUACCAGCAAGUGCUGACUAAAGUACGGGAGCUCGACGCAAUCCGGAAAUCAAGCCACCACAGGCCAGCCAACAGCGCCACGACACUGAUCCACAACGUGGAACUUCAUAACAGGGUUGAUUCGGUCUUAGACGAUGUGUUCCAGCUUCUAUCUUUGAGCUUUCUGACGGUAGGACUCAAGAACUCUGCGCCCGCGACGUACGCAUCGCUCAGCACUGUGCAGCGGCUUUUGGAGCACCUUGACGAGUCCAACGUCUUUACACACCAUGACCUGCGACCCAUUAAGGAGCGGUUGGACGAGAUUUCGGAAAUCGUCUCCCAAAGCUCGUAUCUGGAUGGGACUGAGAUAUCUGAUGGUCGUAUCGACUUCGCCAAGAUUCAGGACGAGAAGGACCGCAACAAGAUCGAAGAGGACUUGUUGUUGCGCGCCAAAUUGCAGCACUGUCUGCAGGAGUACGAGCACAUUGAGUCCAAGCUCGAAGAGAUCGACCCUCGCCUUCAGAGUACCAUGGAGAAACUGUUCCAGUUGAGACGUGGUCUACUGUCGCUUGCGGCCUCAACUAAGCGCAACGCGAUGUCGAAGCAAGGCGUCAAGACGCCAGAUUCCCUGCUGCCGCAGGAAGGUAUCAAGCAGAGACUCCACGAACUAGAGGCGGAACUAACUGAAAUUGAAUCCCACCGAGAUUCAUCCGGUAAAUUUGUGUCCCUGGAGACCGGCGAAAUCGCUGGAAAGGGGCAAAACGUACUAAAUGGGCUUUUGGAUGAUUGUCAUGAUCUAAUAAAUGAUCUGUCGCACCACGCGAAUAACUUCGUCUCUUUAGAUUCCAAACUACAGCCUAUUUACGACAACCUUAUCGACAUCAAAACCACUCUCGAAAACCUCCUGGUAACCAGGCGCUGGACUCUCAGAGAGACAGACUUGUUCUCGUACCAAAAAAGACUCUCAGAGAUAGACAAGCUGCGGGUUGGCGGCAAAUUUCCAACCGAGAACGCUGACGCCAAGGGACAGGCCAUCCUGUUGUAUCUUCUGCGUCGAUGCUACGCCAUAAUCUAUAAACUGCUGGAAUGUUCAGAACCCGUCUCGGAAGCGCUCCAAAAGAUCCACAACCAACUCUCCACUGUACGUCGUUGUCUGCUGGAACUGAAGCGCAUGGGUGGUGUCGAGAACGACCGUGAGCUUUAUCCUUAUCAGAUGAAGCUUGCGUCUCUCGAUAACGUCCGUGUCGAUGGCAAGUUCUACGAUGAGGAUGGCAACAUCCCCGAGGGUCAGGGCACGCUAAAUGCUCUUCUCGCUGAAUGCUUCGAUAUCCUGCACGAGCUUAAGAUUGAGGCGGAGGAGCGCGAAACUCCAGAGGAUCCUCAAGAUGACGAGGAAGCUGACGAUGAUCACGAUCAUGCGGGCUCAAUCCAUGAGGGUUCUAGUGCUAAAGGCGAGGCCACUACUGCUGACAGUCAUGCUGCCGCGGCCGCGGCAGCAGCUCCUAAAAAGCCUAAAGCAAGAUACUUAGAUGCCUCCAGGCCGUAUUCACACGACGACGAUGACGAAGGCGACGGCGACGGCGACGGCGACGACGAGUACACUACUAACUACAGCGAACAUAGUUAUGAAGAUGACGAGGACGAUUACGCAACAACCAGCCACGCGGAAGAUUGA